AUGAUACAAAGCAAAGUAUCUUCCACCCUUCCACCUCCUGCCCCAGACCAGAAGGGCGUAUCUAAAAAAUCUAGCUGGACUUUCAGAUUGAGAAAACCGCGAUCGAUCUCGAUACCUGAACCAAAACCUUUUAAGGAAAAUGCUGACAAAAAUGUACCGAAACGGAAAGGCUGGCUUUACAAAAGCGCAGGAGAGAUUACUCAACCACCGGGUAAUAAAUCCAUUGACAAAACUCCAGAGAAUGAAGUGAAGCUGUCUGUUUCAAAAAGCAGUAGGUUAUUUUCGAGAGCAUCACAUCACAAAUCACCAUUACCACCAAACACAUUAGGCUCAAGCGAAUCUGAGCAUCAUGAUUUGCUUUCAACUGAAUCUGUUGACCUAUUGAAAGGUAACGUGUCAUCGGUAAUCAAAUACUUAGAAGAGGAUGAUAGCAUUCCUAUCGUAUUUGCAACGUAUUCAGGCGAGCCCUUAUACAGGAAGGACAUAGAGGAGCCCGAACUUCUUCAUUCACAAUUAGUUACAUUCAACCAGUUUGAUCAUUUUGAAGAAGCAACCUAUCAUUCGUGGAAUGUGUGGAGAGUUGGAGUAGAUGGUGAAAAAAUUAUAGGCGAUAGUAUAGAGUGCAAAAUGGACUUUGUCGACUUCUUUAAGAAAUUUUGCUACGAAAAGGUGUACAUAAUGAGAAGCAUUUUGGUUCCUACCCACAAUCUGUUCAAGAAUGGCUACUUGGUGAAGCUUAAGCUUGGCAAAGCUUCGGCCGAAGUGGGAUUGAAAAUGUUUAUGACGUGUUGCAAAAACUCAAUCUUGAACAAAGUACCCAAUAAUGCCAUCAAGAUCAAUGUUUGCGGGUUCACGUACACCAGAAAAGGUUAUCUCACUCAAAUCACGUUGUGGAUCCAUCCAGUAAUGAACAUGUCCUUUGACAUCUCCAACCAGGUGAGUUUAUUAGUGAAACUGCUCAAUUUGGAAACCACACCAAAUAAGAUCACCUUGAUUGAUGUCAACAAUGGAUCAAGAACGGAGAUCGUUUGA